CUGGCGCCCGCCCUCUCCAAGGCUCCCUCUCGCCCUGCCCUUCACCCUGGAGCAUCUCUCUCCCAAUCCCACCACCGUCACCUCUUAUCCAUCUCCUCCUCCUCCUCCUCGUCGUUCAUCCUCCUCUUCUCCUCCCAUCUCUACUCCUCCUCCUCUCCUCUGCUCCUCUCUCCACGCGCCCACUGCUCUCGCCGCAGUCGGUGUAUCGCCAUGAUCGUCUAGAGCCCCCCCGGCCGCACACACACUCUCUCUCUGGAAUCAACCUCCCUCACCCCGUGUCAACCUCGUCUCCUCGUCACCCUCCGCCUGAUCGUCGUCUUCCAGCGCGUCUGUUCAACGUAUGAGCGCGGCGGCGGUCGGGCCUGGUGGCAUGGGCCCCGGGCUACCUGGUCCAUUAGCCCCGCCAAUGAACACGCACCACCUCUCGGCCCACACCGUGCACGGUGCUCACAUGACACACCCCCCAUCUCUUGCCGCAUCACCUACCACCAGCACGGACAAGAUCCGCAAAAAGAGCGCGCACUGGGCCGACUCGGACACGGACAAGCUUCUCGAAGUCCUCCUGCGCCAUCGCGAAAAGGGUCGCACGGCCGACAAUGGCUUUGAGCCAGAAGUUUGGCAGGAGGCCGCAAAGUGUCUCGAGAGCACCAACGGCACAGGAGGCGAAAAGACACCAGACGCGUGCAGAUCCCGCUGGCAACGACUGCAGCGCGAGUUCAAGUUUGCUAGACAAUACCUCGAGGAGUGCCACGGCUUCUCGUGGGAUCGCAACAAGCACAAGCUUUACGCGUCAGAGGAAUCAUGGGCAGCAGCGGAGAGGAAGGGCCACCAGACCAAGAAAGGCAGGAAGAUCUACCUCCCAUGGUUCCAAGGCCUCGGUCAGUUGUGCCCAAGCGAUAGUCGCAUAAGACCGACGAAAGGCCGAAUGCCCUCGAAUGGCUCGUCGACAUCAGAGACCUCGGGUGCACUUCCCCCCGCAACUCUGGCCCACAAUGUGGUCAGACCGCCAGGGCUACCCGAUGGGACUCACGUGAUGCCUCAUAUCAACGGCCACGGCCAACCGCAAUCCCACACCGGCGUGCAACCAGGCAUGCCCGUCCCCGACCAAGCAUCCGUGUGGGGUGACGGGGGGGACAGUAGCCUGGACGACGUUGAUUCUAGUUUCACGCUUGCGGAUCCUAAUCAACAACCGUUCGCCAUGUCUCACCAGAAGCGGCCGCUCGAGUACGACGUGUCCGUUCUUGCCUCGGGCGGUGAUCGGAAGAGGAUUCGCACCCACCGAGAACCACAAGGGACACCAACCCGCCCAUCGACUACCAAUGUUGGACAGCCACUUGGUUAUCAACAGCUAGUGCCACCACCAAGCACGACCCCGAACGUCAGCCAUCCUCAUCCACCCCAAACACCCCCUCACCAUGCACACCAGCAUCAUUAUUCUACCCCCCAAGUCCCCCAAAAGCAAGUGCAGCACAUGCAAUCGCAUCAGCAGCCGCACCAGCAACAGCACCAGCCGCAUCAGCAGCAGCAGCCGCAACAAGCUCACCAAACGCAACCGCAACAGCAACCAUUACAUGCACAGGUACAACAGCACACAAUCCAACACCCCCCACAGCUUAUAGCCCAGCAACCCCAACAGCAUUCGAUAGCGCCUCGUCAAGCACUCGCGCCGCAGGCCAUCAACACACAAUUUAGCCCCCCAUAUAACAUACAAUCGGCAUACACGACCCGUUCUCCACAAUAUACCCCCUCCAUCAACGACCCGGCGUUGCCUUCGCCUGUGUACCAGUCUUUGCCCGUCGGCAGCGGCGACAUGUCCAACACGUUUCUUCGAACCCCGCAGCAGACAACGGAUACGCGCCGAGACGCGGUCAUUAAGCGCACGGAGUCUCGAGCACUCGGCCCGGCAGCUAGUAUGCCCAACCUCGCGAGUGGAACGCACGCACGAAGCAAAUCGAGCAACAACAUUAUCAUGCCCUCGACGACUACCACGGGGGGGCUUGCAUUGUCGGGUUUGACACCAAAGACGGCUGGCAUGUCCUUCUCGCCUGGCGGGGAGCUCCAGUCACUCACCACUCCGGCCAAUCAGCCAACAAAGAGCGGCGUGUCGACAGGACGCAAUACACCAGGACCCGGCUCGCCCGAAUUAGACGCCGGCGCAAGACGUAUAGACGCGGUGCGCCGAUUGCAGCUCGAGGACAUUUCGGACGACGACUUGAUGCUCAUCCUCCCAGAGUUUGAGCAGAGCAACGCCGUUGUCGAGACAUACUUGGGACUACAACGCGAGCACUUGCGCGUUAGAUGGCUUCAAGAGAAGGUCAUGGCGCGGCGGCGGUUGGGGGUGCACACGCGCCGCGCCGACGAAUUUGAGAGCGGCAUGUAGUGCUUCUAACGAGUCGAGCCACGAGCGAGACGAGCCGUAGCCAUCACAUAGGCAUAUUUUCACAGUAGACGCCCCAUGGGCAAUGCACAACCUGGAUAUGGUGCUGCAUGAACCUCUAUCGCAUCGUCUAAGCCCCGUUGGCGCCAGUCUCGCCGAGUG